AUGGAAAAUAAUAAUAUAUCAGAUAAUAAUGAAAUAGAAGAAUUUUUUGAUUUUUUAUCAAUUUAUAAUAAUAAUGCACCAUAUAAAAAUCAAAUAUUUGAACAUUUAAAUAAUAAUAAUAAUAAUAAUAAUAAUAAUAAUAAUAAUAAUAAUAAUAAUAAUAAUAAUAAUAAUAAUAAUAAUAAUGAAAAUGUUAUAAGGGAGAAUGAUUUAAUUUAUAAACUUUAUUCAUUUUUAAAACCAGCAUAUUAUGAAACUAUAUCAAAGGAGCUUUUAAAAAUUAAUUUCAAAGAACUAAAUAUAGAUUUUAAUAGUUAUUCAAAAAUCAAAUAUAUUAUUAAAAAUAUUAAAUCAUUUUUUCAAAUAAUAGAUCAUAAAAAUUACGGAGAAUCGUUUAUCAGUUCACCAAAUAUUGACCAUCAAAUAUUUGACAGUUUAAAAGAACAUAUUAAAAAAUAUGAAGAAAUUUUGGAAAGUUUAAAAAAGGAAUAUGGAGAUCAAAGUUGGUUUCAAUUGGUUAAUGAAUAUGUUGCUGGUCAUAGGAAAUACCAAGUAGAUUUUGUUGAUUAUUGCAAAAAAUAUACAGAUAGUUAUAUCUUUGAAACCCGACCAUUAGUAAUCCCAGAAGAUUUAAAAACUUACGAAGUCAAUUCAUUAGAAAAUGCAUUUUCAAUUUCGUCAUAUGUUAGGAAAAGUCACUCCCUUGUCCAAGUAGAAAAUUAUUCUUCAGGUGUUUAUAAGUCCUCAGAAAAAGAUGGUGUUUUCUUUAAGUCAUGUUUAUUAUCUCCAAUACAAGAGUUUAGUGUUUUUCAAUUCUAUAAAAAACUUUUUUCAACGCCAUGUGUAUCACCUAACCAGUUGUUUUUAAUCAAGAAUGUGGCAAUUUCAAGCUCUGAUGAAAAGCGUAAUUUCAAAAGUAACCCAAUUUUUAAAAAGUUUGAUACUUAUGAUAAACGUUUUGAACAAUUAUUGGAAAUCCCAGAGUUACGCAAGGAGUUUGAAUCUACAUUAGAAGGCAAAGAUUUUUUUAUUCAAGGAUCAACUUUUAUUGAAGGUACCCUAUUUACUGAUUUCCUACACCACAAUAACUCUCAAGAUCCAAAGUUUGGAGAUACCUGUCUCAAAACUUUGAAUUUUGAUAACUUUAGCGCCCAUAUAUUAUCAAGCUUAUUACUUAACCAUAUAGAUUUCCGACACACCAAUUUAAUUAUUGAAGCUGGAACUGGUAGAUUGUUUUCUUACGAUAAUUCCAGAUCAUUCGAAGGUGAAAUUAAAAAAAAUAAAAAAUCCGAUUGGAGGUUGGGUGCCAGAAAUGUACUAUAUACGAUAGCACCAUUAAUGCAAUUAUCUAUCCAAGAUAAAGUAUCUACAGAAUUUCUCAAUGUCCAACCAAAUCUUUUUUUAUUAGAAUGGUUAUUGUCAAUUAAAGAAAAAGAAGAAAUAUACAUACAAUUAAUCCAUGAAUAUGUAUCAAAAUGUGAUAUUAUGGAUAGAGAAAAAACAUUUGACAACACAAAAAACGAAUUAAAGUUACCUCAAACUUUCAAUAAAGGUUGGAUCACAUCACUAUUAAAAAAAUUCAAUUUAAUUAAAGAUCAAUUAAAAAAGAACAAACGUACAACACAUCAAGAAUUAUUUGAAAUCGUUCACCCAAUUGCAAGUAAAUUUUAUAAACUCUUAUCUGAAAAAUUUGAUAAGUUAGAUAGAAGUGUAUUAGAAAUAAAUAAGUACAUUUUUAGUAACGAAAGCUUAAAGAAUUUAUUAAAACAGCCAGAAAUCGAAAAAAUUCAAGAAGCAAUUGAUGAAAACAAAAUUAUCCCAUCAAUAGAACCUCAACAAUUAUCAAUUACAGAUACUAUUCAAGAACUACUUUCAAUUACCGAUUUUAAUGUUUUAAAAGAAGAAAAAGAUUAUAUUAAAUGGAUUCAAUUGAUUGUUCAAUUAAAAAAUCAGUCACCCAAUCAACAAUUCAUACUACAUCCAUCAUGGUAUACAAUCAACUUUUUCAAUAAAAUAUUCAAGUAUGAUAUAUAUUCGGUCAAGGAUUUUUGUAAAAUAGCAAUCUCAGAAAGUAAUAUUAUUCACCAAAUUAUUGAAAGUUGUCGAACAGAAAAUUACCAUGAUGCCAAGUACAAAAUUUCUGUACUAAUAGAAUAUGGUUAUAAAUACAAUCAAAGUACCAGUGAAUUUACACCACUCGAAUUUGCCGCUAAACAUGGCAAAUAUGAAAUCUUUAUUCACCUAUUAGACUUAAAUGUACAUUAUAUUAGAAGUCCCGAUAUUAUUGUCGAUUUUUAUUCAAAUUUACCCGCAUAUAAUAAAGAAGGCUUCAAGACAUAUUUGGAUAUUUUAUUUGACAUCAAUCCAGUGAUUACAUGGAAAAUUGCUUUGAAAGAAUUAUUACCAAUUAAACUUCCCUCACAAAAUAUAGAUCCAAAAUUUUUAGCAAAGGGUAUUCGUUGUGAAAGAUCUUUAGAAAAGUUUAACUCUGCUUCAAUUAAAAUUAAAGAGAUUAGAAAUCAAAAUGAGAAUGAAAGACAAGUAAAUUUAAUAUCAGAUAGUUUUGGUAAUGAACUCUAUUUUAAGUAUUAUCCUCAAUUUCCAUGUGUAGAUUAUGCCGUCAAUCUAUUAUCAGAAAAGUUAUUUGGUAAUUACGGUUGCUCACCACCAAAUAUAGAACUAUUGUUAAUAGGAGACAUACCAGUACUAGUUUCCCAACCUAUUAAGGGGAUCAAAUUACAAAAAGCUUUAGAAAAUGGCCAAGAUGAGCUUGUCAAAUUAGAUCAAUCUUUCCUCUCAAAACAAAUUAUUUUUCAAAUACUAACCAAUAAUGCCGAUGGUAAUCUUGGAAACUUUAUCCUGAAACCAAUAUAUGAAUCAUUUUCAAAAAGAACCACAGUUAAAAGCUACAAGUUGUUUCCCAUUGAUUGUGACCAAUCAUUUGUUCCAUCCCUAAUUAAACAUCAAGUUUCUUUAAAUAAUAGUGGUUCCAUUACAUAUGAAAAGAUUUCAACUCAAAUUAUAAAUGCAAUCUUUUUAUUGGAACAAAUGAAAGAUACAAUUGACUCUGAUUUAAUAUAUAUAUUUGAAAAUUUAAAUAUCAAGAGUUUAUUGUCUAGUUGGUUAAAAGAAAUAAAAUCAUAUCGAGAAUCUUCAAUGGAAUUAUUUAAUUCAAAAAAAGAAAAGCUACUAGAAUUAAACAAAUCAGUCAUUGGAUUUCCAUUUAACUUAGAUACAAUCAAAUCACUAUAUUACAAGUUUACUCGUUUACAACAUUUAAUAAUCAGAUCAAAGAAAAGUGGGAAAUCAAUCACUCAUCUUGAUGUUUUAGAAUUUUUGGAACCAAUUAUUUCAAAUAAAUAUAAACCACAUUUAUUUAGUGAUUUACCAAUCAAAAAUAGAUUUCAAAAAUUAAGAAAUCCUCAUAACCUACCUAAUAUAUCAAAUCUUGAUCUUUCAUGUUCAACUAAUCAUACCAGUGCUAUUUUACAAGCAAAAGAAAAAAAAAAACCAAAAGAAAUUCAUAAAGAAAUUUGGGAAUGUAAAGAUGGUAUCGAUGAGGGAUUAUUAUUUAUAAACCAAUUCAAUGAACAAAGCAGAGAUUUUAAUAAAUUAAUUUCAGAUAUUAAAAACAAUUGUAUAAGUAUAAUCGAAUUGGAGCUCCAUUUAUCAAAUUUGGAUUUUGAUGAAUUAAGACCCAUAGAUAAGAAUGAUUUAUUUUCCUCAAUUAAAAAUAAUUUAGAUAUUAAUAUUAGACACCUCGAAAUAGUUAAUUCAAGAAUGGUAAUAGAUUUAAAUUCAAUAAUUAAUAAUUUUCAAAAACAAACAAUUACAUACCUCAACUUAUCUGGUUGUAAUUUAGGGGAUCAGUUUGGUAGAGUAUCAUUUUUAUCAUUAUUUUCAAGUAAAUAUAUAUUUCCUUCAUUGAUCAAUUUCUUUGCCGAUAGGUGCCAAGAUUUAAAGAGAGUUUUAAUUGAUGCCCCAAAUUUAAAAAUCUUAUCACUUUCAAAAUGCGAACAAUUAGAAUCAAUUGAAAUUAAUUCACCAAAUUUAGAAAACCUUAACUUGGAUGGUUCAAUAUCAAACUCAGGUUUAUUUAAACAAAUAAAUAAUUUCAAAAAUUUAAAAAUUUUAAAUAUUUCAAGAUUAAAAUUAGAAGUUACUGAAUUACAUUUAUCACUUACAAAAUUGGAAAGAUUAUUUUUAGAUGAAAAUAAUAGAUUGGAAAUUUUAUAUCUUUUUUCAAAUACUAUAAGGAGAAUUCAUUUAAAGAAGUGCAAUUUAUUAAAUAUCUAUUGUAAUAAUGCAAAUAUUAAAACGGUAAUGAAUGGUGAUGUCAAAAUGGUUUCUCAAUUGGAUGAGCCAUUUUUAAACUUAAUAUUCAACGAACCUAUUAUUCAAAUUAAUAAAAAUGAAAAUAUCGAUGAUAAAGGUUUAUUUUAUAACAAUCUUAGAUGGAAAAAUGAUAUUAAUGGGAGAUUGGUAAAUUUACAACUUCAAAAUGAUCUUAAAACUGUUAAGUUCCCAAAUACAGUGGAAUUUGUUCAUAUACAAAAUUGUCAAAAAAUAUCAGUUGGUUCGAUUCCUGAUCAAGUCAAAGAAAUCAUAUUUGAAUCAUAUCAAUAUGAAAUCGAAGAGGGUUUAAUUCCUUUGUCUUGUGAAAAGUUAAGCUUUAUUGGAACAGCUCAACUUCAAAAAAAUUCAAUUCCUGACAGUGUUAAAGAGAUUCAUUUAUUGGAUGGAUAUUAUAAAUAUUUUUUAACAUCAGAUCAUCUACCAUUAUCGGUCCAAUCAGUUUCAAUAUGUGGAGGAGAUCACCCGCUUCAAUUUUUAACAACAAAUGUUACUCAUCUCAAGAUUGAAAAUUCAGAUAUUGAACUUAUUUUACCAAAUCAUAUUAGAUUUUUACAAAUUAUAAACCUUAAAAAAAGUUUAUUACCAAAUUCAAUUCCAACUUCAGUUGAAAUCUUAGAUAUUAAUGGAUUCGAAUAUCAAUUAACAAAUUGUAUUCCACCUUCAAUUAAAACAUUAAAAGUAAAAAAUAUUAAUCAUUCAUUUAGAAUUCCAAUAGAAAUUGAAAAACUAGAAAGGGAUGAAAAUUCAACUAAAAUUGAAAAUAUUACAAACUCUAUAAAAAUAGAAAAUUACUCACCAUUUAUUUACGAUCCAAAUAUUAAUUUUUAA